CUACGCAAAAAGGCAGCACCGUUCACCAUGCUGCCAGUGCCCGCUCUCCACCCCGCGCGCCGCGCCGACGCCGCCGGCGCGGGACCGCUCCUGCCGGUCGCCACCCGCGCGGCGGUGGCGGAGUUCGUCGCCACGGCCAUCUUCGUGUUCGCCGCCGAAGGCUCCGUCUACGGCCUCUGGAAGCUGUACGAGGACACGGGGACGCCGGGCGGCCUGGUCGCGGUGGCGAUCGCGCACGCGCUGGCGCUGGCCGCCGCGGUGGCCGUGGCGAGCGACGCGUCGGGCGGGCACGUCAACCCGGCCGUCACGUUCGGCGUGCUCGUGGGCCGCCGCAUCUCCUUCGGCCGCGCCGCCAUCUACUGGGCCGCGCAGCUGCUCGGAGCUGUGGCCGCCGCGUUGCUUCUAACGCUCGUCUCCGGAGGCACGCGCCCCGUGGGCUUGGGGCUCGGCCGGGGCGUCCACGAGCGGCACGCGCUGCUGCUCGAGGCCGUCAUGACGUUCGGCCUCAUGUACGCCGUGUACGCCACCGCGGUGGACCACCGGAGCCGCGGAGGCGGCGGCGGCGGCGUGGGAGCGAUCGCGCCGCUCGCCAUCGGCUUCGUCCUGGGCGCGAACAUCCUCGCCGGCGGCCCGUUCGACGGCGCGGCGAUGAACCCGGCGCGGGCGUUCGGGCCGGCGCUCGUCGGCUGGAGCUGGCGCCACCACUGGGUCUACUGGGUCGGGCCGCUGAUCGGCGCCGGGCUGGCUGGCGCGCUGUACGAGUCCGUCAUGGUUGAGCAGCCGUCGGAGGCGCCGCCGGCAGCGGCUGCAGGUCCUCGGAUGCUCGCAGCCGCCGCUGAGGAUUACUGAGCUGUUUGCAACGUUUGUAUAUUUGCUGUGCGUGACUUCCUUGUAAAUCUAGAACCGAGGUUGGUAA